GACUCCUAAGCACUCCCCUUUUCAGGAAAAGCCUCUCUGCCUUUUCUCUCCGAGAGAAUUUUCUUUUCUCUCCCCGCUCUCUUUGUGCAUUAAUUUCCACAGCCCUUGGCCAUGCAACUUGACCGUUUUCUUUCAACUAGGCAUUGAAAGAGGCGCUCAGUUUCCUGCAAAUAAAACAUGCCAUGUAUUCAGAGAAACUGGCUCGCAAACGUUUCCUUCUGGGUCCACUUCCUUAAUAUCCAGGCGUUGUGCUAUGGUAGGAAUCCUCCACCGGGCAGAUUUGUCUUUCCAGACAAGAGGCAAGAUAAUUUUAUCAAAACGUUGCAAGACUACCAAGUGGUAAGCCCAGCAAAAGUGGAUGCGGCCGGGAAGUUUUUGUCUUACAAUUUGCACCACCAUGCUUCCACUGUCAGAAGGAAAAGAGACAUCAGGAAAAAGGACAGUCAAGUGUAUUAUAAGAUUAAGCACAAAGACAAGGACCUGUUUUUUAACUUAACCCUCCGUCAAGGAUUACUGUCCAAUAAUUAUAUUCUGGAAAGGCGAUCUGGCAACUAUUCCCGUGCAAAGAUGGUUCAGCGUUCGGAAACUUCGUGCCACCUGACUGGGACAGUCGUGCAGCCAGAUUUCAAGACUGGGAAGGCAGCAAUCAGCACUUGCAAUGAACUAGCUGGAUACUUUCAGCUGCCUGAUGGAGAUUACUUCAUUGAACCGGUGAAGAAAUAUCAGUCAGCAGAAGGCCCUUACGCCCAUAUAGUCUACAGGGCAAAUGUCUUUCAGAAAGCUUUGCGGAAACGACGAGGCACCUUUUUGAAGGAGGAACAGACUUGUGGAGUGAAUGAAACUUUGAGCUUUUUCCAACAGCAAGAGCUUCGUAGGGAGAAAUGGGAGAGGAACCGGGUGACGGGGAAAGCCAUCUCCCGCCGUUCUGUCAGCAAAGAACGAUGGGUGGAGACGUUGGUGGUUGCUGACAGCAAGAUGAUUGAAUACCACGGAAGUGAGAAUGUGGAAUCCUAUAUCCUCACUAUCAUAAACAUGGUGUCUGGCUUGUUCCAUGAUCCAAGCAUUGGCAAUGCAAUUCAUAUUGUGCUGGUUCGACUGAUUCUUCUAGAGGAAGAGGAGCAAGGGCUGAAAAUAGUUCACCACGCAGACAAGACCUUAGCCAGCUUUUGUAAAUGGCAAAAGAGUAUCAAUCCCAAAGCUGAUGCCAACCCCCUGCACCAUGAUGUGGCCGUCCUUCUUACCAGGAAGGACAUUUGUGCUGGCAUGAAUCGCCCAUGUGAAACCUUAGGCUUGUCCCAUCUCUCUGGAAUGUGCCAGCCUCAUCGCAGCUGCAACAUCAAUGAAGACUCUGGCCUGCCUUUGGCAUUCACAAUUGCACAUGAACUUGGACACAGUUUUGGUAUUCAGCAUGAUGGAAAGGAAAAUGACUGUGAGCCAGUGGGAAGGAGGCCAUACAUUAUGUCCCGGCAGCUGCAGUACGACCCCAGUCCUCUCACCUGGUCCAGAUGCAGCAAGGAAUAUGUCACACGCUUCCUAGACCGAGGAUGGGGCUUCUGCCUGGAUGAUGUACCCAAGAAGAAAGAUCUAAAGCCCCCUUUCAUUGCACCUGGAGUGAUUUAUGACGUGCACCACCAAUGCCAGUUGCAAUAUGGACCCAAUGCAACGUUCUGCGACCAAGUGGAUAAUAUUUGCCAGACAUUGUGGUGCUUUGUGAAAGGUUCCUGCCGGUCGAAACUGGAUGCUGCGGCAGAUGGAACGAGAUGUGGUGAAAAUAAGUGGUGCUUUACAGGUGAAUGCAUAACUGUAGGCAAGAGCCCUGAAGCAGUGAACGGUGCAUGGGGUUCGUGGUCAUCGUGGUCGCACUGCACACGGACCUGUGGGGCUGGAAUCCAGACUGCAGAGAGACAGUGCACUAGCCCAGAGCCACAGUUUGGAGGGAAGUACUGCACAGGGGAGAGGAAGCGCUAUCGCAUGUGUAACAUCAAGCUGUGCCCCAGAGCCUCACCAAACUUCCGUCAAAUGCAGUGCAGUGAAUUUGAUACGGUUGCCUACAAAAAUAAGUUCUACACGUGGAUUCCGGUAUACAACACAGCUAAUCCUUGUGAGCUACAAUGCCGUCCUACGAACAACCACUUUUCAGAGAAAAUGCUUGACGCUGUCAUUGACGGUACGCCUUGCUUUGAAGGAAACAACAGCAGAGACGUCUGUGUUAAUGGCAUGUGUAAGACCAUCGGUUGUGAUUAUGAGAUGGAUUCCAAUGCCACAGAAGAUCAAUGUGGAGUUUGCCUGGGAGAUGGAUCCUCUUGUCAGACUGUGAAGAUAGCCUUCAACCAAAGUGAAGGAGCAGGGUAUGUUGAUAUUGGCCUAAUUCCAAAAGGCGCAAGGAACAUCAAGGUGCUGGAAGUGGCAGAAGCAGGGAAUUUCCUUGCGCUACGGAGUGAGGACCCGGGAAAGUAUUACCUAAAUGGAGGGUUUAUUAUCCAAUGGAAUGGAGACUACAAAGUGGCAGGAACGAUAUUUCAAUAUGGGAGAAAAGGCGACUUGGAAAACCUCACUGCCGCUGGACCCACGAAUGAAUCGUUGUGGCUACAGCUCCUUUUUCAGGAAAAUAACCCUGGAGUGAAAUAUGAGUAUACUGUCCGUAAAGGCUGGAGCUCUGAGAAUGAUGUGGAAGAGCCAGAGUAUUUUUGGCGAUAUGGAAGCUGGACAAGUUGCAGCGUGACUUGUGGGAGAGGUUUCCAACAGCAGACGGCCCACUGUGUGAGAAAAGGGAGAGGUGUGGUGAAAAACCUGUUUUGUGAUCUCGAAACGCAGCCCAGUGGGAAACAAAAGAAAUGCAUGGAAAGGGACUGUCCACCAAGAUGGUGGGCAGGAGAAUGGCAGAAGUGUUCAACCUCCUGUGGCCCAACAGGAGAAAAGAAACGGACCGUCCUUUGCAUCCAGACAGUGGGAUUGGAUGAGCAAGCUUUGCCUGUUGAGAAGUGCAAACAUCUGCUGAAACCAAAGACUUACCUUUCAUGUAACAGAGAUGUUCUGUGCCCAUCAGACUGGACUGUAAGCAAUUGGACUGAGUGCACGGUAACCUGUGGUGGAGGUAUACGGACUCGUAACGUCACCUGUACCAAGAACAAUGGAGAACCAUGUGAUAUUUCAAAGAGACCCCAUUCUAAAGCUCUGUGCGGCCUCCAGCAGUGUCCAUACUCCAGAAGAUUGCUGAUACCUAAUUUCAAACUGCAUGGUGGAAAGAUAAUCGGGAGAACUGGAACAGAUCCCAGAAAAGGCCCUGGGGUCAACUGGCCAACUACCAAACCAAGCCCAAGAAUCCUUACCACAACAAAAGGACUUGAGCCCAGAAAUGUUACUUUGAUGCCUACAUCCUUAAGCUUUGCAAACUCUUCCCAAAAAGAAAACUUGGGUGUAAAAACAUUACAAAGUAAUUACAGUGGGUCAGACAUUCCUAAAAAUUAUCCCUACGUAUAUAGUGAAGGCAGCUUGCUGCAAAAUAGUACUUUCAGGCCUGUUACAAAUAAUUCAGAUGUUUUGAAUUCUACAAAUGUGGGGAACAUAUCCCCCAUAAUACCAUACAAUUAUUCAGACAUUGGCUUUAUAAACAGGGACUCCUUUACCACUAAUCCCAAGUCUUCGACUGUAACCCCCAGGUAUUUAAUGGAAGAAUCUAGUACAGUGUCUAACGGUACAGAUGGAGAAACAAAAAAUAAAUCCCAGAGCAAAUGGCCAAUGAAAGGUUCUCCUACUGCCAUCACUGAUGGUAAUACAUCAAGCAACUUGCCGACAGAUUAUCACGCAGACAGUUUUAGACACAUUUCUGUUACUCCGGUAGCAGAGGUAGGAAAUUCCAUGACAACGAUAGGUCUCGGAGGCCUUGUUGUUCAAAUAAAUACACCUGCAAAUACCACAGCACAUCCUGUCACAGUACAACCAGCGGUGUUAAAUGAUACUUCAACAGACAAGUCUGCAAACAGAAUGAAACCAACAUCAUCUGUGGAUGAGGCAUCUACUUAUGCCACAGAAGGUCCAUUUCUGCAAGAUACCGACAUGCCAAAGACCUGGGAUGAAGCUUCUGGGAGAAUGUUGUUGAAUGACUCUGAGCCAGAACAUCCAGUGGAGUCCAGGAACUCACCCGAUGAUGCCACCUGGUUGGUGGGGAACUGGAGUGAGUGCUCCACCACGUGUGGUGUGGGGGCAUUUUGGAGAGUGGUGGAAUGCAGCACCAAGAAUGAAUCCGAUUGCCGGCACACAAGAAAGCCUGAUCCUGCAAGGAGGUGUUACGUCCGCCCGUGUGCCCAGUGGAAAGCAGAGGACUGGAGCAAAUGCUCCUCCAGCUGUGGAGGCGGUUUCAAGACCCGCAGUGUCCUUUGCCUCGAUAUUCGUAGCAACAGAACCCUGAGGCCGUUUCACUGCCAGUUUGCAGGACGCAAGCCACAGUUAAACAUCAGCUGUAACACAGAGCCCUGCUUCGAGUGGCUGGCGGAGCCCUGGAAGGAGUGUACUGUUUCAUGCGGAGGAGGCAUUCAGCAAAGAGUGGUGAAGUGUGUCAACAUGGAAGACAGCACCGCUCAUGCCCAGAGCCUCUGUGAGCAGAAGUCCAAGCCUGUGGGUUCUCGGAAAUGCAACCUGCGAGAAUGCGUUGGUAGCAGAGGUUUGCCUUGCGGCAAGGACAGACUGUCGGCGAAUUUCUGCGAGAGAGUGAGGGAUCUUGGGAAAUGUUCCAUGCCUUCAGUGAGGAAUCAGUGCUGCGCUACUUGCAAGAUACCUGGGGAUGCUAACGCAACAGGACCUCGAAAAGUGACCCAUGCCUGAAAUUGCAUGGCUGAGAACUAGGACUGCUAAAUCAGAAUGUGAAACGGAAGAACGUGAUCCAACAGGGUGUAGGGAAGCUGUAGCAUCCCAGAAGCCGCUGGGCGCCUGCCCCAGCCAACAUGGCCAAAGGUCAGGACUGAUGGGAGUUGUAGUCCAAAGCCGAAAAGCCAAAGCCUAGUGGGGUGGAGCUGCAAUGCUAGCUUCCCAGCAGUGGUGGCGCUGUGGCUUACCAAGUGGGAGAGGGACAUGGCAGCAAAGAAGGCAGGGCUGUGCAGGCACCAGGAUGCUAGCACUGUAACUCUGCCCCAGCAGAUGAGCCACAACUGCCUGAAGGGCCACAGCCUCCCCACUCCUGCUAGAGAGCUACACUGCCACUUCCGCCAUGGAACUAUAAUGCAGUGGAUUUGAACUGUCUCCAAAUCCAAAGAUCGCCUGAACCUUUUGUCCUGAUUUGCAACGUCAGAUUCACUUAUUGUACUGUCUGUUCUGCUUUUCAUCUUCACUGUUUAUUUCCCUUUUUCCGGCCUCCUUCCCUCUGUUUUUCCCACCUCUCUUUAAAAACACACACCAAAAAAUGCUUUUGGUGCUAUGCUGGAAGUGCCCCAAGAUGCUAAAG